AUGGGGCAGCAGAAACUGGGCACUUCACUCCGAUUCGGCAAUUUGGACCGGUUCGGCCUUCACUUCAUGUUCCUGGUCAUCGGAAGCCUGGCACAAACAUAUCCUUCAACUUCUUUGGCACCUUCUUGCCUUCACCUCACGUUUCUGGGGCAGCAGAAACUUGGCAUCUCGCCUUAUUCAACAACUUUAAACUUCACUUCACUUUCCUCUGGCGCGAGGAAACCAGUGCUUCACACUUUCACUCGGCAUUUCUGGGGCAGCAGAAAUGUUCUCUCCUCACUUCGCUCUCUUGGCAACUUGAGCUCGACACCCAACGCAUCAAUCAUCUUGUUUGGACUUCUCUCUUUUCCUUGCUUCCCAUUCUUCUUCUGA